AUGGUCGCCUCAGUUCUAAUAAUAUUUGGUGUAGUAGCUUUGAUGUCGCGAUUUGAUUGGAAAUCUCAUUUCGUUGUGCUACUGUUGGCUGUGUUUAUUACCAAAAGGGAAACUGCACACUGGUUUUACAUGGGAAAUGCGGCCAGUAUUUCACGACAGGAACACAAAACUGAUUCUCGUGAUGAUUCUAUCGGAUCAAGGUUGAACGGGGACUUAAUUCCAGUGAAGCUCAGACUUCUAAAAUUCGCUGUUGAAAGAGAUCCGUUUGAAACAUGGUUUUUUAAAAACCGAUUUAAGUCCAAAGCAGACUUGCUCAUAGUUUCCAAACCUUGGGACAGCGGCGUAUUCCAACGAAAAGGCACCACAAAUCGCCUCAAAGAUGUAAUCCUACGAUCACUGGAGGGUGAGAACAUUAACAUCGCUGUCAUGGGUGGGUCAAUUUCUGCAGGUGCCGGUCUGACAAAUGAUGGUGAAGACUUACGAGGCCUCUAUUACCGAGUUUUAAGUGACUGGUGGCGCAAAACAGUGCAGCCACUCACAGGUUCUGACUUGAAACUUAACAAUCUCGCUAUUGGUGGAACCAGCAGCAAUUUUUAUGCUUUUUGUUAUAGUGUCUUUUUGAACCCUAAAACUGACAUGGAUCUUGUGUUUCUUGACUUCACCGUGAAUGACUAUGUUCAGUUUAAAGACUCCAUGUUUCCAAUGGCUCUGCCACUGGAACAACUUACUAGGGAAGUUUUAAGCGAAGGAAGUUCUCCCGCUGUGAUGUUCGUCAACUUUGUUCAAGGCGAUCUUAGACGUCCAAAAUGUGACAAUUUGGAGAACCACGGCCAGACACUUCUCGCUAAACACUAUGGAAUAACAACGUUUAGCUUGAGAAAGUUGCUAUGUUCAGGUUUUGCAGCAAAACGGAAAAAGCUUUCCAAAAUGUUUGCAACUGACGGCAAUCACAUCAGCAUUAUAGGCCAUGCUCAAAUGGCAUUUAUGAUGAUAACCCAUGUGCGGCAAUUAAUUCUUAAAGUGCUCGAAAGCUUAAUCACAACCAAAAAAGUGAAAGUAACUGUUGAAAAAAUGUCACUUCCAUCAAUUGGCGAUAGGAUAAUAUUACCAGACUGUCCUCUAAAAUUUAGAAAUCUUCCAGAAACCUUGUUCAUGAGUUACCGUCAAAAUCUGCGGGAACGCCCCAGGUGUUUCACUCAAAUAACACCCGACUGUACAAGAAACAUCACAGCACAUCAAAGUCUGCAAGUAAAAGCAAUUGGAAAUUUUGGAUUUGAGGGGUUUCAGAAAGUAGCUAUCAACAAUGUAGUAUUACCUAAUGCCACAUGUGAAGUUAAGCAAUUUGGUGAAAUCCAGACUCACAGAACAGAUGCUUAUGGCGGGUGGAAGUCCAAGUCUAAAAACUCAAUGCUGGAAUUAGAAAUACUUUUACCAAUCACGUCUCUCUCAAGGCAGUGCAUUAUGGACGCUGCAACUCAGACACGAAAGGUGGCAAUAGCUGUUCGAACGCACGGCAACGGUGGACAGGCAAAAGUGUGGUUAAAUGAACAUGAAGAAAGAGGAAUUUUAGUCACCACUUAUUCACUGUUUGGUCACACUAAACUAUACACUAUUGCCAGUCACGUAAUGCCCGGCCGGCAUGUGAUUAGCAUCAGAACAGAAACCCCAGGGGUGUUCAUUUUAUCGGGUGUUAUGGCUGGACCGAAUUACAAAUGA